CUCGGGCAGACAGGCCAAGGAGGCAGCAGGGGUCCGGGCAGACAGCUCUCAAAAACUACGGCACACGCCCAAAAAGACACACACACACACACAUAACACAUUUUGCAUCUGCUGCCCUGUACACCCAAAAACACACCAAGUUCACCACUUUUCAACAAAGUACACAAAAAAGAUAAUACCCACAUCAAAAUUUCCAACCUUUUUUACUCUUUUUUCCAGAUCCAACUCUUUUUCAAACCCUCUUCUUUUUUUAACAUAGAAUUAUUUAGUUUUUUUCUGUUUGCAUUUUGUAAUUAUGUAAUGGUGAAGCUUUAAGGGAGUUAGGGUUUUUGAGUUCUGGAUUUUUCAUGUAAUGCUGGCCUACAAAUGUGUGAAUUUUGAAGCUAUAUAUAUGUAUGUAUAGAUUUUGUAUGCAAAUACAAAAUGUGGAGGUGUUUGAUAUUGGUGGUUCUUGUUCAUCAAGUUUAUGCAAAUGUUGAAGGUGAUGCUUUGCAUAGUUUGAGGGCCAAUUUAGAAGAUCCAAAUAGUGUGCUCCAGAGUUGGGAUCCUACUUUGGUUAACCCUUGCACAUGGUUUCAUGUUACCUGCAAUAAUGAUAAUAGUGUUAUUAGAGUUGAUUUGGGAAAUGCAGCGCUUUCUGGUACUUUAGUCCCGCAGCUUGGUCUUUUGAAGAAUUUGCAGUACUUGGAACUUUACAGCAAUAAUUUAAGUGGCCCUAUCCCAAGUGACCUUGGAAACCUGACAAAUUUAGUUAGUUUAGAUUUGUAUCUUAACAGUUUCUCUGGUCCGAUUCCAGUCACAUUAGGAAAGCUCUCAAAGUUGCGGUUCCUCCGGCUGAAUAAUAAUAGCUUGAAUGGUCCGAUUCCUAUUGCAUUGACUAAUAUCACGACAUUGCAAGUUCUGGAUCUAUCAAACAAUCGUCUCUCAGGACCGGUUCCAGAUAGUGGCUCGUUCUCACUAUUUACGCCAAUCAGUUUUGCUAAUAACCUUGGUCUCUGUGGCCCGGUUACUGGACACCCCUGUCCUGGAUCUCCUCCAUUUUCCCCACCUCCGCCAUUUGUACAACCACCCCCUAUUGCGCCACCAGAAACAAAAAGUGCAACUGGUGCCAUAGCGGCAGGAGUUGCUGUUGGGGCAGCAUUAUUGUUUGCCGCCCCUGCCAUUGCAUUUGCAUGGUGGCGACGCCGAAAGCCUCAAGAGUUUUUCUUUGAUGUGCCUGCUGAAGAAGAUCCGGAAGUCCAUUUGGGACAGCUUAAACGAUUUUCUUUAAGAGAAUUACAAGUUGCAACAGAUAGCUUCAGCAAUAAAAACAUAUUGGGUAGGGGUGGAUUUGGUAAAGUCUACAAAGGACGACUAGCCGAUGGCUCAUUAGUUGCUGUUAAACGGCUGAAGGAAGAACGAACACCCGGUGGGGAGCUUCAGUUUCAAACGGAAGUUGAGAUGAUUAGUAUGGCUGUUCAUCGUAAUCUUCUUCGAUUAAGGGGAUUUUGUAUGACACCAACAGAAAGAUUACUUGUUUACCCCUAUAUGGCAAAUGGAAGUGUUGCAUCAUGUUUGAGAGAACGGCCACCAAACGAGCCGCCAUUGGAUUGGCCUACUCGUAAACUGAUUGCAUUAGGGUCGGCUAGAGGACUGUCAUAUUUGCAUGAUCAUUGUGAUCCGAAGAUCAUUCAUCGUGAUGUUAAAGCUGCUAAUAUUUUGUUGGAUGAGGAGUUUGAGGCUGUCGUUGGAGAUUUCGGUUUGGCUAAACUAAUGGACUACAAAGAUACGCAUGUCACGACCGCUGUACGUGGCACGAUCGGGCAUAUUGCACCCGAGUAUCUCUCAACUGGAAAAUCAUCAGAAAAGACUGAUGUGUUUGGGUACGGGAUCAUGCUUUUGGAACUCAUUACUGGACAAAGGGCGUUUGAUCUUGCUCGACUUGCUAAUGAUGAUGAUGUUAUGCUACUUGAUUGGGUGAAAGGACUUCUAAAAGAGAAGAAAUUGGAGAUGCUCGUUGACCCCGAUUUGGAAACCAAUUAUGUAGCGACGGAGGUGGAACAGCUAAUUCAGGUGGCAUUACUAUGUACACAAGGCUCACCAAUGGACCGGCCAAAGAUGUCAGAUGUUGUAAGGAUGUUAGAAGGUGACGGGCUGGCAGAAAGAUGGGACGAGUGGCAAAAAGGGGAAGUUCUACGUCAUGAGCUUGACCUUUCACCCCUUCCUAACUCCGAUUGGAUUCUUGACUCAACUGAUAACCUACAUGCAGUCGAAUUAUCUGGGCCCAGGUGAUCAAGAUCGUAAAGAAAUGAUUGUUUUGUAAUUGGGUGAUUGUAAUCUUCUUUAACUUGGCCUAUAUAACUAGUUAUCUUUUAUUAAUCCAAUCUUAGAAGUCAUUAUAACUUA